AAUAAACAUAAGAUAUAUAGAUAUAGAGAGAGGGAGAGAGAGAGUGCUGCUGCUCUGGGGAUUCGAUCCAUUUUCCGCCAUCAUCGUCGUCGUCGUCUUCUUCUUCCUCCCAAGGGGUAACCGCUGCAGACUUUUUCGACCUUUCAUCAGUUGCAGAAAAAGCGCCAUUGCUCGCCUUCCAUUGACUUCGGCUGCAGCUCAGUUCGCCUCCUGUCACCCCUCUCUGAAGCAGGUAGAUGAAUGCUUAAUAGUUUCAGGGAAGUCACCGCACUGACUCGGUUACAGGAUCUGUUCUGGCUUCUAGCCUAUGAGGUCCUCUGCCUGGCCGAGUAUCUCGUGAGGAGCUAGUUUUCUCCUUGGCAUUAUGCAUGUCUGGCCCUGUGGCCCCUGGCGAUAUUGGAGGAGCACUUUCUUGUGCAGACAGAACGAAAUCACUCGAUGCACUCUCGCUUAACGACAAGGAUUGCUUAUCCACAUCAUCGAAUGCUGAAUUUGAUCAUUCCUCUUCAGAUACCGCUGGAUUUAAAGUCGGGAAUCUCUUGCUUCCCAAAGGAGAAUCUUAUUCAGGGUCGCUACUUGGAAAUCUGCCUGAGGGUUUCGGGAAGUAUGUCUGGGCUGAUGGUUGCGUAUACGAGGGUGAGUGGAGACUGGGGAUGAGGCAUGGCUCUGGAAAGAUUAGCUGGCCAUCUGGAGCUGUUUAUGAAGGGGAAUUCUCAGGUGGUUACAUUCAUGGUACAGGGACAUACACUGGCUCUGGGGGAUUCAUCUAUAAGGGGCGCUGGAGGUUAAAUUUGAAACACGGUUUGGGAUACCAAGCUUAUGCAAAUGGAGAUGUUUUUGAUGGCUCCUGGAUGCAAGGAAAACCAGAAGGGCCUGGUAAGUAUAUAUGGGCCAACGGCAAUGUAUAUAUUGGAAAUAUGAAAGGAGGCAAAAUGUCGGGGAGAGGAACUCUUACUUGGACAAAUGGGGAUUCAUUUGAAGGAAGCUGGUCAAAUGGUAUGAUGCAUGGGUUUGGGGUCUAUACAUGGAGUGAUGGGGGUUGCUAUGUUGGAACUUGGACACGAGGCCUGAAGGAUGGGAAAGGAUCUUUCUAUCCGAAUGGCAGUCGGCUUCCUCCUGGGCAGGAACUUUACCUCACUGCUCUCAGGAAAAGAGGGUUAUUGCCCGAUUUAAAGAAACAGAACAAUGGACAUAUUCACCAUGCUUCAACUGUUGACAUGGGGAACAUGAAAGUUAGUGCUAACCAGGGGUCUCGUCGCAACUCAACUGAUAAAAUCUCCAAGGGAAACAUUCUAAAUUUGGAGCAGUCGCGCAACAAAAAUGUUUCCCUUGAGAGGCGAUGGAGUCUUGAGGUAGCCAUUGAGAAGGUGAUUGGACAUGAUUCAUCAGUUGGGUUAUCUGAGUCAGUGUCAGACUUUGGAGAAAAUAUGGCAGGACCAAACAUGCCAAUAUUGGAGAGGGAGUAUAUGCAAGGUGUUCUGAUCAGUGAGCUUGUCCUAGAUAAUAGUUUCUCAACGACAUCCAGGAGAUCAAGACGACGGCAAAAGAAGCUUGCUAAAGAGGCAAAGAGAUUGGGUGAAGCAAUCAUCAAGGGUCACCGAAGCUAUGAUCUAAUGCUCAGUUUACAACUAGGAAUUAGGUAUACAGUUGGGAAAAUUACACCAAUACAGAGAAGAGAAGUUCGGACAUCCGAUUUUGGUCCACGGGCUAGCUUUUGGAUGAACUUUCCUAGAGAAGGGUCCCAACUGACACCACCUCAUCGGUCAGAAGAUUUUAAGUGGAAGGACUACUGCCCUAUGGUUUUCAGGAACUUAAGGGAGAUGUUUAAAAUUGAUGCUGCCGAUUACAUGAUUUCCAUUUGUGGCAAUGAUGCCUUAAGGGAGCUCUCUUCUCCUGGUAAAAGUGGUAGUGUCUUCUUCCUGUCUCAAGAUGAUCGCUUCAUGAUAAAGACGCUCCGGAAAUCGGAAAUAAAGGUUCUUUUGCGAAUGCUUCCUAAAUAUUAUCAUCAUGUGCGGUCAUAUGAUAACACACUCAUUACAAAGUUCUUUGGUCUUCACAGGAUAAUACCAUCAAGUGGUCAAAAGUUUCGAUUUGUGGUGAUGGGAAAUAUGUUCUGCACUGAGUUAAGGAUCCAUAGAAGAUUCGACUUGAAAGGUUCUUCACUUGGACGUUCGGCAGACAAGGUGGAAAUUGAUGAAAACACAAUACUUAAAGAUCUGGAUCUGAGCUAUUGUUUCUACUUAGAACCUUCUUGGUGUGAUGCUUUAAUGCAGCAGAUUGAGAUUGACGCCAAGUUCCUAGAAGAACAAAAUAUAAUGGAUUACAGCCUCUUGCUGGGUGUGCAUUACCGAGCUCCCCAGCACCUGAGGUCUCUCAUGGCCUACAGUCACAGUAUGAGGGCCGAUGGACUUGGAACCCUAACAGAAGAAGUAUCGGAUGCUAUAGAAGAUGAGAACUACCCACAGGGACUUGUUUUGGUCCCACGAGGGACAGAUGACGGAAGUGUUGCAGUGGGCCCUCACAUUAGGGGUAGCCGAUUACGAGCAUCCUCUGCUUCUGGUGACGAGGAGGUUGAUCUUCUUCUUCCUGGGACCGCUAGACUCCAAAUUCAGCUCGGAGUGAACAUGCCAGCUAGGGCAGAGCAGAUCCCAGGAAAGGAGGAGAAGCAGAUGUUCCAUGAAUCCUACGACGUGGUCCUCUACCUGGGCAUCAUUGACAUUUUGCAGGAAUACAACAUGACCAAGAAGAUCGAGCACGCCUACAAAUCCAUCCAGUUUGACUCCCUGUCCAUCUCUGCAGUGGACCCCGCGUUCUACUCCCGGCGCUUCCUGGAGUUCAUUCAGAAGGUAUUCCCUCGAAACGUCCCAACCUCCAACUUCUGAAACACUUGAUGCGGAACUCCCAGCAUUUGGAUUGGCUUCUCUCUGUUCUCCUUCCAUGUUGUAUGCAUCGACAUUCUUUGUUGCUCUGCUCUUACACUUUCACAUGUAAAGCUCUCAAACUCUAUUGUUUGGAACCGGAACGUUGUCUGCGCGUAUCUCAGUGACUCGGCUAUUGCAUUUUACAA